CUGUCAAUGAUUUACUGCAGCAUUUUGGAGCCUGGUGGGCUCCAUGCUCCUUCCAGCAGCCCUGAAAAGUUGAAAGCUUUGUUUUGCAGCUGAUCUGCAGCAGACAUCCACGUAUGGCAGAGCAAUGUGGUGGGGCCUGGCUCAGCUCUGUGCCUGGAUCCUGACUGUGUGCUCACUGGCUUUGACACCAGCCCAGGCGUGCAGGGAGCUCCAGGCACUGCCUUCCCACAGAAGAAGCAGCAGAGAUGUUAAUUCUCCAGCUCCUGUUGACUGUCAGCUGAGCCAGUGGUCAGGAUGGACUGAUUGCUUCCCUUGCCAAGAGAAAAAACACCGGUACCGGCGGCUGGAGCGGCCGGCAGAGUUCGGAGGGCGACGCUGCGCUGGGCACCUCUGGGAUGAGCAAGCCUGCCGAGCUGAGACACCCUGCUCGGGGCCACCAGGGUGUGGGCAGGACUUCCAGUGCAAGGAAACGGGGCGCUGCAUUCAACGGCAUCUCGUGUGCAACGGAGACUGGGACUGCAGAGAUGGCUCUGAUGAGGAUAAUUGUGAGGAUGAAGAUGUUGAAAGCCCUUGUGAACAUCUGUUCCCAAUCCCAGGGGUGGAAAAAAUAGUCCAAGGGUACAACAUCCUGACAGAGGAAGGGAGGCAGAACAUUUAUGACCCGGGGUAUUUUGGAGGGUUCUGUGAGUACGUGUACAACGGGGAGUGGCGGGAGCUGCGCUACGACGCCGCCUGCGAGCGCCUGCACUAUGGGGAUGAUGAGAAGUAUUUCCGCAAGCCCUACAACCUCCAUCUGUACCAGUUCCUGGCUCAUGCUGAUUCUGGGUUUGCUUUUGAGUUUUACGACGAUUCAAAGGACCUGCUUGACGCCCUUAAAAGUGAUAAAUCCAAAACAACAGGCUUCACCAUUGGAAUUGGGCCUGGAGGUUCAGAUGUCAUGCUAAACCUGGGCCUCACUUUAUCAGGUGGGAAAGGAUCCCUGAAGAACUUCACACAAUAUGAUGCAAAGGAGGUUGGGUUCAUUAGAGCUGUGACCAAGGUGCAGACAGCCCGCUUCAAGAUGAGAAGGGACAACAUAGUUUUGGAUGAAGAUGUGCUGCUCUCCCUGCAGGAGCUCCCAGACACCUACAACUAUGGCAUGUAUGCCAAAUUCAUCAACGACUACGGCACCCACUUCAUGACAUCUGGCACCAUGGGCGGUGUCUUUGAGUACAUCCUCGUCAUCAAUAAGGAGGAGAUGCGAAGAAAAGCCAUCAGCAUGGAGCAGAUAAGUGCCUGUGUUGGGCUGUCCCUUGGCAUUACAGCCAGCAAGGAGAACCUGGAUCUGGGUGUAACCCUGAAACACUCUGACUGCAAGCAGAAAGGAUUCCUGAAAACUGAUGCUGGGAGCCACAGUGCAGUUGUGGAAGAUAUUAUUCCCCGGAUUAGAGGGGGAGAUACCAGUUCCAGUGGAGGGCUCCUGAAGAGUUGGGAUGGCCAAAUGUAUCGUCACUGGGGCAGGUCAUUAAAAUAUAAUCCUGCUGUUAUUGAUUUCCAGCUGCAGCCCAUCCACGAAAUCCUGCGCAGGAGCAACCUCGGCCACAUGGAGAGCAAAGAGCAGCACCUGAGGAGGGCUCUGGGUGAGUUCCUGCAGGAAUUCAGCCCCUGUCGCUGCAGGCCCUGCCUCAACAACGGGGAGCCCGUGCUGCUGGGGGACAGCUGCUCCUGCCACUGCCGCCCUGGGGACCGAGGGGCCGCCUGCCAGCACAGCCAGCGCCCAGGUGGUGAGACGGACGGGCGCUGGAGCUGCUGGUCGGGCUGGUCCCCGUGCCAGGCGGGGACGGCGCGGCGCAGCCGGCACUGCUCCAACCCUGCCCCGCAGCACGGCGGGCAGCCCUGUGCUGGCAGGGACCUCCAGAGCAGAGCCUGCUGAGAGCACAGUGUGCCUGGCAUGGGGAGCCUUGGAACCUGAGCUGGGCCAGAAAUACUCCAGGCGUGUGAUGGAAUUAACCCCUGGGAGGAAUCAUUGACCGGGGACGCGGUUCUGCAUCUGCUGGAUUCACUGUGUGAAACCUGACUAAGUGCUCCCGUGGUUUUGCCCCACUAGAUGUGAGGGGAGCUCCACCAGAUAAGAUGGUUUUACCCCACCAGAUGUGAUGGUUUUGCCUCAUCAGAUGUGAUGGUUUUGCCCCAACAGUGCCCAGCAUCACUGCUGCAGCAUGGGAGAUGCCACAGAACCCACCCAAAGGAGGUGGAGCUGCUGGGUGACCACCGGGCUGCAGCAUGUCAUGAAAUAAAUUCACUGUGAGUGUUUACACAA